AUUUAGCUGCAACAAAAUACAGUAUGUGGGCACAGAGAGGCAAACAAAUUUAAUAAUAAAUGUACAUUUUGCAUGUUCAGAAGAAGUGAGCUGCCCUGUCCUGAGGCCUGUCAUAAGGCUAUUGUAAGUAUAAAUGAAACUUGUUUUUAUGCUUUCAAAUAAAUAGACAUGCUAAAACAGAAUUUGGUAACAAUAAAGCAUAAGGUUGGAAAAAAUAAAACAUUUCAUAGGGCCCUAAACAUGUACUUUUUGUAAAACUUUUAAUAAAUUGAUGUUAAAUUGUUUAAGUUUCAUGAUUUUAAUUAAAUUAUUUAAAUUUCAUGAGUUUAAUUUGAAUUAAAAACAAAUAAGAACAAAUCAUUCUUAUAAGGAAAACAUUUACAAGAAUAACAUAUAGUGUCUCUUUCGGAAACAGCAUCUGUAAGAACACUUUGUAUGGCCUGUCCUUGCUACACAAUAUAGUUUUGAGCUUUGCUUAAGGACUUUUUUUUUACAACAGUUUUCCGAUUAUCCUCAUGUUGCCUUCAUGUCCAUAUCAAAACAAAAUGAUUACAAGACUUCCCCUUGAAAAACAAGGCUGAUGGAGCGAUGGAAUGUUCCAGUUUGUCAUUGUUUUCUGCUUGAGUGCACUGGAUGAGCUUGAUGAAAAUGUACAGGAGGUUUGACUGACAGGCAGCCUGUACUAAUAAAGCCCUGAAUAAUGCAUACUCCUUGAUUUUACACAGCAUUACAUGCUUACAAUACUGUUUAUAGUACAGUACAAUUAUAUUUCAUCAUAUUUAAGCUUCCAUGUGACACAAAUUUGCCCAUGUGCAUCAUUAAGUAUAUGCUAUCUACAGUUGUUCUUUGUUGAUUAGAAACCAUGGCAUACAAAUAUUUUUGAGGCAUCUUCUAGUUCUACUGAUUUAGGUCAAUAGAUUACCAGUAAACCAGUGAGUUUUUUGAUAUAUAAUCUGAUGAGUCUGUCGUUGUUUACCAUGUGUGGGGGAGACAAAUUAUGAGCUGUUCCCUAAUGCGUUGUUGAAUUGAGAGACAAAGUCAGUCAGUCAGGCGAAGGGAUUUAGCCACCUUUCACAGCAGUGCCUACAGCAGAUGUUUGUGAGAUUAUCCAUAUCCAUGCGUCAUCAAAGGCAAGAGUCUCUCAACUUGUUAUUAGAGUGACGGGGAGAUGAGGACAACCAGAAAUUGACCUCUUUCCACUUUUCUGGAUUAAAUUGAAUGGGAUAAAAGAUACAUAGUAUAACGCUGAACAGUUCCUUCAUGUAACAUUUUGGGUGAACCAAUCAUUUGAUCCAGUUCACAAAACAAGUCUGUCUAAAUGAUUUGUGAUUCAUAAAUGAUCAUUUGCUCCUUAAAGAUUUUUUUUAGAAGAUUUGGAAUAUAGUGCUUUUUUUGUGUCCUUUUUGAGGCUUGGAAAGUCCAGUUCCCAUUGUAACUGCAUGGAAAAGAGCAACCAGCACAGUCUUCAUAACAUCUCUUUUUGAGUUCCAUGGAAAAAAGUCAUACGGGUUUGGAACGACAUGAAGGUGGACUAUUCCUGUACACCUUUCUAAAAAUAGGCAUUCUACCAUUAUCUUUUCUAUGUCAGAGAUCUGGUCAUUUUUGAAACAUUAGUUUCUCAUUAUCUCAAUUUCAUGUUCCAAGUCUACUUUUUAGUAUGAGUCAGUGUUCAGUUCUCCCCAUGCUGAGAGCAGAGGCAAAUCUGCCAUCCCCUCAAAUAUGAUCCCUCGACAACAAACCACUGAGCAUGCUCAGUGGGGUCUGUGAUGCUGUUGCUAUAGGACUGUGGGGCUCAGAACCACUGUACUGGGGGAGGAGGGAAUGUGUGUGAGGAACAGAUGAGCUGAGGAGUGCAGAGCAGAAAGAAGUGUGACUAAAGAGGAACUACAAGAGGGACAUUACCCGUUUCCUAUCUUUUCAUUUUUUAUUUUCCCGUGCUUAGCCUCUGCUGAGUGAAUGUAGAGCAUUAGGUUGUGAUCAUGCGGUGUGCUUGCUCCAGUUACUGUACAGACAGAAUGAGAGUGACUAUGUGCUGGCUCUCGGAUUGAUGGAGCUUUACGGAUGGAUUCUGGGCUGAAAGCAGUGAAAAUGCAGACAAUAAGGUUACAAGGGAUUCUGCUGAGUUUUGCAUUCACUCUGUUUAUGCCACUUAAUCAGCCUGCCAUGCAAAGACUGAUGUUUUGAAGUGCUGGUGCUUAGAAAAUGGACGUCUCCCCAAAGUCAGGAGAAACUCUGAUCGUGUGCCACAUCCAUGGCCAGGCUGUUGGGUGGCACCUAUAUAACUCUGUACAGACAUCCAGACAGCCACGCACUUUGAAUUUAACCCACAGUAUAUCCCUUCCUGAGAGACGAGAUCUGCCGAAGGAAGCUCUUGACUAUGGCAGUUUAAGUCACACAAGCAAGUCAAGUUCAACAGAAACAGAGGACAAAAAGGGGACUGAAAAUUCUAGAGGAUAUGAAUCGUCCCCAACGCUUUAUGCUUUGAGCUCACCAUCGACCAGUCCUCAACUAAAAAAAGAGCCAUCGCAUCGCAGAGGUACUCCCAGAUGGCAUAACCUCUUCAUCCCUGAAUCAGAAAUGAAUGAGGAUGAAGAGGAUGAGGACUCAGAUGGAGACAACUUGCACAAGUACCAUGAGGGGUCAUCCCUUCAACUACAAGGAAAUGUGACUCAAAGUAAUAUUAAUCCUUUUAGCCAAGUCAAAGUAAACAAAGAACAGGAGAGGGAGUUUGAUACAGGUUGUGGGGAUCGCAGGGAUAGCAAAGGAACCCCUGUAUUAAUGGACUGCGAUGAACAGGACUGGGGUGAUGAGGAACACUUCAGUAAGCAUACUCUUGAGGAACCUGAUAAUAGCUGGGCUCCAACUGAAAACGUUAUCGAAUCCAUUACUCAAAACCAAACAGACUAUAUCACCGACUCUUCCUGUAACAGCUCAGAUGGAGUACUAGUUAACUUCAGUGCCAUCUACCACAAAACCAACAAUGCAGUUCCGGCAACUCCACUAAAUCUAGAUAGUCCUGUUCCUGGAUCUGGUAUAGUGUUACAGGACAGUUCAAACCCUUUGCCAAGCUGGUCAUCUCACAACACUGAUCCAAACUGCAACAUCUACCCAUUCAACUCUGAUGGCUUCCCAUCAAUAGAAAUUUCUGACCUCACUAUGUGUCUGCAGAGUCAGGCACGGUUAGCAGGUUCCACCCAGAAUUACUAUAAACUUGUGAUGUGUGAUCUAUCAUCCCAGUCUUCACCCAGCCCACCUUGGUCCUCUUUGACCAGUUUCUCUGAGACCCAAAGCCAGGGAAGCUGUUCUCCACCUUCCGAAUAUUUCCUAUUUGGACAUUCAGAGGAAGAGGAAAGGGAGAAGCCAAAAGUUGGCCAAACUGAACACAAGGGCGAUGGGAACACUGAAGUGAAGAAUAUUAGACGAGCCGAUAAGGACCAAGCUAAGGGAGCAAAUGAGAGAAUGGCACACAUAAAAACCCAUCAAUCUGCUCCAAGAGAACAUAAUAGUUGUAAUUACACUAAGACUCCUCAGUCUCAGAGCUGGAUUAGCAGCCAGAAAUGUUCUUCCUUAUCAAAUCUGGGAGCCCUAAAAAACAGCUGUCCAAGCCAUUUAGACACAAAUUUAUCUUCACCUCUGUCUAGGCAACAUGCCACCUCUUUUGCAGAAAUUGCCCGAUAUAAGAAGGGAAAUGGAGAACAAUCCAUGAAAAAGUGCAUAGAGGAUCCAUCAGGCUCACACUUCAUCCAAAACCUCUCUUCUAUCCAGAAACAGGAUGAUUCAGAGAUGGCAACAAAGUCCCUGAGUGCUGACAGCAGUAGCCAAUCCAAUCCAGAAGGUGCUUCAUCCCCAGAAGUUGUGAGAUACACAAAAGCACAAAGGCCCACCUUUCUCCCUAUCCAGCCCUUUGUGCUUCAGGCACCCUCAGGAAAACAACAGACCAAAGCACUUGGUUCCCUUCUUAAUCAGUACAUCAGCUACAAGUACAGCAAGCCUGGGCCAUGCAAAGCUACUUGCAAAAGCAAGGCAUAUCCACAUCAUAAGCAACCCUCACCUCUCAGGAGUUCCUCUAACAUCCACCAGGAGGCAGCAACCAGUUCAGACACUUGUUCCACCUGCACAUCAAGUCCUAUUUUGCCCCAUAACCACUCCCAGUGUACCCAGCCCUGCACACUGUUGGGGCUCAUUCACCAGGACAGAAAUCAACAUAUGAGUCCAAAUAUGAGACCAAGAAGCCCUCAAAGCCAAGAGCAAGCAGAUGGGAGUCCAAAGGCCUGCUCAAGUCAAACACAGUUAAGCCAAAAACAUUCUUGGUGUGCAAAACAAGCUUCUCAGAAUCAUCCACUCGAGCAGGUUUCCAUUGUUCAGACUCAGACUCCACAAGUAAUCAAAGAGGAGACUACAGAUCCUCUGGAUGCAUCCUUCCCUUUACAUCAAAACUCCUUCCCUGCCAUUACCUCAGUCACCUCCUUGACCUCUAUCACCGCCCUCAUCUCUCUACCAGGCACUGGACACAAAUCCCUUUGGCCUUUUGAAGCUUCAUCACGGGUCUGCAUCAGUGAGGAACGUAACACCAAUGUUCAACACACCUUUAAGCCAAGGAGGCCACCUUGUGUUAUGAGGGAACGUCAACAUGGUGACUCAUUCUCCAUGACUGACAGACCCCCUGAAGAGUUCUGCCUCUCCCCAGAAGCCCCUUCAGAUUUUCUUUCAAUUGAUCUUUUGCACAAGAGAAGUAUGUUGAAAGCUGUGAGUUUGGCAGUGGAUCUCAUAAUGGCACAUUUCAACUCAAGACAAGACCCAGAAGAAAAGAUCAGACUGGGAAAUAGUUUACUGUGCACCACUAUCAGCCACCUUGUCCAUAAACAGCUCUACCCCGCAAUCCAGAACAUCCUUCAAGAUGGUUUGAAAGCCUAUAAAUUGGACUUGAUUAUUGGACAACGGCGCAACAAACUAUGGAACGUCGUAGAGGCCACGGCACGACCAGGCUCAUCUACCCGACUGUCUGACAGCUUGGUGUCUGUGGUAAAAAAAUGUUCCCAGUUAUCAAGCCGCAUGCGGCUCAGUGUCUUCAUCAUUGAUCUGCUAAACUUGCAUGCUUUGGAAUUCUGGAUCCGUCAUUUAUACACUUGCGUUGAUGUUGUGAUGGAACACUAUCACCAAUGGGGUUUCUUGGCUCUGGCCCAGGGACCAACUUAUGGACCAUUGUUCCAAGAGCUGCUUCUUUUGCUGCAGCCACUCUCCCUGCUGCCAUUUGACCUCCAUCUUCCAUCCAAACCUCACCUUCAAAGUAAGGAAAAGCAAAACCACAGAGCACCCCUGCCUCAUCGGCUUCUUUCCCAGUCAGCUCAGAUCCUGCAGAUGAGUUCAAUCCAGAAGAACAGCAGGAGUCCAACAGGUCACAGUGAUGUCUUCAGUCAAAGGGUAACUGAUGGAUUUUGGCUUAAUCAGACACCCACCUCAGAGUGUGAAACACAGAAGAAAGAGGAUGUAGCAACCGGAAUGGAAAACAGUGAGAUGCCACAAUCUUCAACAAGUCCUCUGGAGGACAAACACCUGAGUGAGCUGCGCUGGGCCAGGCUCUUUGGCUCUAAAGUUGGAACACCAGUUGGCCCACGGAAGGCACAGAAAAACAUGAGUGGACCUCUGAGAAGGUGGCCCUCAGAAUGGCUGAAGCUUGGUGCAUCCAAAGUGGAUCUUCUUGCGCAGUCAGUGUGGAUAGGAAAAUGGCCAGAGACUCAUCUGAGUGAUAACCAUGACAGAGAUACACCAAAGAAAGAUGAAAUAUUAUUCUAAAGAGCCCACAAGAAGUCUGAUUGUAGCUAGACAGAGUAGAAGCACAAUUAAUCCAAAAUAAACCUGACAUAGUCAACUGACACAUCCUGUACAAUCCAAUGCAAGUGCAUCUCUUCCCGGACAGAAUAUUGCCUUAGUGAUUUACCAAUCAGGACAAUUUGUAUUAUACCUUGGUCUUUAAAAGGUAACAAAAUAUUCACUAACUUCAAGCCAUGAUGAGAUAAAGUUUUUAAGAUUAAAUUUAUAACACGAUCAUAGUAUAGUGUAGUAGAGUAUAUAACAUGGAUGGAUAUUGUCUGCCAGCAAUCUAGCACAAAACUGGAACUGAGGUCCCAAGAACUCUUUUCCAACCAAACCCAGCACUUUAUCUCUCAGGUCAUUAUAUGUCAUUGUAAAUCUAGUCAUAUAAUUUCUGCUGUUGUUGAACUAUGUGGCAUUAUUAAAAAAUGUAUACUUUUCCUCAAGGUCUGUUUGAAAUAGUUUCUAUAACCAUUUCCAUGCAUGACACAGUAGCAUUAAUUACUAUGCAUGACAAAUAAUAGUUUUCCUUUUUAGCAUUCUGUGAAUUACAACGGCUGGUUUUAUUGCAUUUUUGCACGAUGUAAUCAAUUAAAUAGCUAAUUUAUAUGAUAAAGAUGCAUGCUGAGUAGCUAUAUAUUUCCUGUUUCAACAGAAGGACUAGUUUAGUAGUGAUAUUUGUUGAUUUGUGUGACCCCUGAUGUUAGUGACAUGAAAGACGGACCAGAGCUCAUUGAAGACAAUGGAU